AUGAAGCGUGUGCAACACGAGAAUGUUGUCUCAAUGGACGACGCGUUUCUGCAGAAGCGCAAGAUCACGAUGGCCAUUGAGUAUUGUGCCGGGGGGUCUGUGCUGGAUAUAAGAGAAGUCGACUCAUCACUGAUGUUUAACCGUGCCACUACGACGGACUACGCAUCUCCCCGGGCAUUCUAUAUCCACGCACUGACCAUUCCCCACACUAGUUCGGUGCUACGCUAA